AUGCCAGCCUCCAAUGGGAUGAGAUGCCAGCCUCCAAGGGGAGAUGCCAGCCUCCAAGGGUCAGAGAUGCCAGCCUCCAAGGGUCAGAGAUGCCAGCCUCCAAGGGGAGAUGCCAGUCUCCAAAGGGAGGAGAUGCCAGCCUCCAAUGGGAUGAGAUGCCAGCCUCCAAAGGGAGAUGCCAGCCUCCAAGGGUCAGAGAUGCCAGCCUCCAAGGGGAGAUGCCAGUCUCCAAAGGGAGGAGAUGCCAGCCUCCAAUGGGAUGAGAUGCCAGCUUCCAAAGGGAGAUGCCAGCCUCCAAAGGGAGAUGCCAGCCUCCAAGGGGAGAUGCCAGCCUCCAAGGGGAGACGCCAGCCUCCAAAGGGAGGAGAUGCCAGCCUCCAAUGGGAUGAGAUGCCAGCCUCCAAAGGGAGAUGCCAGCCUCCAAGGGGAGAUGCCAGCCUCCAAGGGGAGACGCCAGCCUCCAAGGGGAGAUGCCAGCCUCCAAGGGGAGAUGCCAGCCUCCAAAGGGAGGAGAUGCUAGCCUCCAAUGGGAUGAGAUGCCAGCCUCCAAAGGGAGAUGCCAGCCUCCAAAGGGAGAUGCCAGCCUCCAAGGGUCAGAGAUGCCAGCCUCCAAGAGGGGGAGAUGCCAGCCUCCAAGGGUCAGAGAUGCCAGCCUCCAAGGAUCAAAGAUGCCAGCCUCCAAGGGUCAGAGAUGCCAGCCUCCAAGAGGGGGAGAUGCCAGCCUCCAAGGGUCAGAGAUGCCAGCCUCCAAGGAUCAGAGAUGCCAGCCUCCAAGGAUCAGAGAUGCCAGCAUCCAAGGGUCAGAGAUGCCAGCCUCCAAGGAUCAGAGAUGCCAGCCUCCAAGGAUCAGAGAUGCCAGCAUCCAAGGGUCAGAGAUGCCAGCCUCCAAGGAUCAAAGAUGCCAGCCUCCAAGGGUCAGAGAUGCCAGCCUCCAAGAGGGGGAGAUGCCAGCCUCCAAGAGGGGGAGAUGCCAGCCUUCAAGAGUCAGAGAUGCCAGCCACCAAGGAUCAGAGAUGCCAGCCUCCAAGGAUCAGAGAUGCCAGCCUCCAAGGAUCAGAGAUGCCAGCCUCCAAGGAUCAGAGAUGCCAGCCUCCAAGGGUCAGAGAUGCCAGCCACCAAGGAUCAGAGAUGCCAGCCUCCAAGGGGAGGAGAUGCCAGCCUCCAAGGAUCAGAGAUGCCAGCCUCCAAGGAUCAGAGAUGCCAGCCUCCAAGGAUCAGAGAUGCCAGCCUCCAAGGAUCAGAGAUGCCAGCCUCCAAGGAUCAGAGAUGCCAGCCUCCAAGGGCGGCAGCAUCAUUGACGUUCGACCACCAAGUCCGAGGCAACCAUUCGUCAUCCACCAAGUCCGAAGUAACCCUCCGUCAUCCGUCAAGUCCGAGGUAACCCUCCGUCAUCCGUCAAGUCCAAGACAACCCUCCGUCAUCCACCAUGAGUGUGGAAGAGCCGAAGAUCGCUCUACGAACAAUCAGAGAGCCAAAGAUCGCUCUAUGAACAAUCAGAGAGCCGAAGAUCGCUCUACGAACAAGCAGAGAGCCGAAGAUCGCUCUACGAACAAUCAGAGAGCCGAAUAUCGCUCUACGAACAAUCAGAGAGCCGAAUAUCGCUCUACGAACAAUCAGAGAGCCGAAGAUCGCUCUACGAACAAUCAGAGAGCCGAAUAUUGCUCUACGAACAAUCUGAGAGCCGAAUAUCGCUCUACGAACAAUCAGAGAGCCGAAUAUCGCUCUACGAACAAUCAGAGAGCCGAAUAUCGCUCUACGAACAAUUAG